CACACAUAACAAAGGAGUAGUUGGAUACAUUACUUCCUAUAUUUUGCACAUCUAGGACCUUGUCCUUUUGUCUUGAGAAAAUGGGGAAAGCACUUUGCUGCUGCUUGCUUAUCACAUGCCUAAUGAUUCCUUUAGCUGUUGCAGAUUGGAACAUUUUGAAGCUGCAAACUAAAGAUGGAUUGAAGAUCAGCUUGAAGAACUAUUGUGAAAGUUGGAGAAUGAAUGUGGAGCUGCACAACAUUAGAGACUUUGAAGUUGUGCCUGAAGAAUGCAUUGAAUACAUUGGGAAAUAUGUCAAGUCCACACAAUACAGAGUGGACUCACAGAGAGCAACUGAUGAAGGCUUGGUUUACCUUAGCACCAGAUGCAACUUGAACAAAGAUGGAAGAGAUGCUUGGAAUUUUGACAUUGAUGACACUCUGCUUUCAAUAGUUCCUUACUACAAGAAAAAUUUAUAUGGUGGAAAGAAAUUGAAUGUGACAUCUUUGGAAGAAUGGAUGAGCAAAGGUAAAGCACCUGCUCUUGAUCACUCAUUGAAGCUCUUCAAUGAACUUAAGUCCAGAGGUGUUCAGAUUAUUUUGGUUACUGCAAGGAAGGAGUAUCUUAGAUCAGCCACAAUUGACAACCUAGUUAAGGUUGGUUAUUAUGGGUGGGCUAGAAUUAUCUUCAGAGAUCCAGCUAAUGAAUUGGUAUCAGUGAAGAAGUACAAGUCUGAUGUGAGAAAACAAUUAAUGAAUGAUGGUUACCGCAUUUGGGGCAUUGUUGGGGACCAAUACAGCAGUUUUGAGGGGAUUCCUAGUGCGGGAAGGGCAUUUAAACUCCCAAAUCCAAUCUACUAUGUUGCCUAAUGUGUCAUGCAUUGUGAUUGCAUUUUUUCACCACAAAUUUAUACUUAUUAUACUCUUGUGUAAUGAAAACAUUGUGAAUUAAAUAAAAAGACUGUCUGAACUCAA